GCAUCUUGGAUUCAAAUUCCAUUAAAAUAUUUGUUAACGCAGAUUAACGCUACAAAACGAAAUCAUAAUCAAUCGAUUCACUUUUUUCUUUUUUAUCGAUUAUACUUUUUUACUCAUUACUAUAGUUGACAUCCUUGGUUACCAUGGAAACAGACAUGCUGUUUGAGCGGCCGUAAACAAAUGAAACUCAACUUGCAGAAUUCAAAUGUGCCGACGUCUAUUUAGUUAUAUUGACAAAAUACCCAGAUUUGAUUAAAAAAUAGCAAAUGUAUAAUGGGAUUUGUGAAAUAUUAUUGCUGUUUUUUACAAUUUGAUUUUACAGUCACCGCGUAACUAUUUGACUUGAAAAGAAGUACUGAUGUCACAAAAUCAAGGUAAGAAGGACGACAGGAAAAAAGAUGUGGGCCAAAAACCAGUUCAAAAGAAGAGUCCCGAUAAGAAUAUGUCGGAGAUUGACGAACACAUACUUAAAAGGUUUGAAAUUAAAAAGAGGCUUGGAAAAGGCGCUUACGGAAUUGUUUGGAAGGCUGUUGAUAAAAAGUCGAAGGAUGUGGUAGCGAUUAAGAAGAUAUUCGACGCUUUCCGGAACCAGACCGAUGCUCAGAGGACGUUCAGGGAGAUUAUCUUUCUCCAAUCGUUCCGAAACCAUCCUAACAUUGUGAAGCUGCAUAGUAUACACAGAGCGCUGAACAACCGCGACAUUUACCUAGGCUUCGAGUACAUGGAGACUGAUUUGCACAACGUCAUCAAACGCGGGAACAUACUCAAGGACAUACAUAAGCGGUACAUUAUGUACCAGAUGCUGAAGGCGACUAAGUAUAUACAUUCUGGUAAUGUUAUACAUAGGGAUCAGAAGCCUAGUAAUGUGCUUAUUGAUAGCGCUUGCAGGGUGAAGCUAGCAGACUUUGGGCUAGCUCGGUCUGUGUCGAGCCUGUAUUCGGGCGGCGAGGAGGGAGCGGACCCCUGUCUCACCGACUAUGUGGCGACCCGAUGGUACCGCGCCCCUGAAAUACUCAUCGCUAGCAAGAAUUAUACCAAAGGCAUAGACAUGUGGUCUCUGGGCUGUAUUCUAGGCGAGAUGCUGACGGGCAAGCCAUUGUUCCCCGGGACUUCCACGGUCAACCAGGUCGAGAGGAUCAUGUCGGCUUUGCCUAGGCCUUCUGCUGAGGAUAUAGCGAUAGUAUGUAGCGGGUACGGGUCGUCCCUGAUCCGGGAGCAGGCAGGGAACCCGAACGGGGGAGCUUCGCUGACAUCCCUGCUGUCGUGUGCCCCUCGGGAUGCGGCUGACUUGGUACAACGGCUGUUGGUCUUCAACCCUGCUAAGAGGCUGAGCGCUGAAAAGGCUUUGGACCAUGAGUAUGUGGGCAAAUUUCACCGCGAACGUGAUGAACCAACGUUAUUAUCCGACGUCCUCCUACCGUUGAGAGAUGACAAGCAAAUGUCGGUGGAUGACUACAGGAACAAAUUGUACAGCAUCAUGGCUAAAGGAUCCCAAGCGUUUAGUGGACAGACUAGGAAGACUCAUUCGAGCAACAAAACCCAUCCUCUACCUACAACAACAACCAAAAGCAGCAAGUCCUUCCACGAAUCGGAACUGUCCAAAUCCUACGUGAAGACCAAACUGUUGAGCUCAUCAGCCGACCAGAAAGCGCGACCAAAACCGCGACCUCACCUAGAAAGGCCCAUAAAAGAACAUAGAUCCGACCAGAGUGUCACCAAACCUCUAAGGGCGACCAAACUUUUUGAACAUAGACACGAAUGGGUCGAAAAUACGAACUGUCAUGGCGAUUAUUUCCAGCCAGUGACAAGACAGAGUCCUUCAGAGACAGGGUUUAUGAGUGGUGGCAAAAAGUCCACAUUGCAACAUAGGAGGAAUUCGACCUCUUUUUCCACAGUUACUAUAGGUGGGGACGCGGAUUACGGUGGCUGUUUGGGCAAGCAGAGGCACGGAGUUAUCACGGCCAGUGCUCUGAUGGAUUUGAGAACUAGCAUACGGUAGGUAAGCGAUCAAAGCUUAGUGCUUGCGAAUCUCUGAAACUUGUAUUUUUAUGGUUGAUGCUCGACUGCGGUGGUGACGUCAUCUGAUAUUGUAGACAAAAAAGCUAAAAGUUAGAGGGCUUUAUUACAGGUGUUUAUGAAAAGUAAAAGGCUAGGUUUACAGUCAAAUGGAAAAGUAGUAUGUUUUCGUUUUCUCUAAUAA